AUGACUAAAUCUAUAGUAGUUGUCGGUGCCGGCGUUGUUGGCCUGACCUGCGCUUACCAGUUGGCCGAAGAAGGGUACAAUGUCACAGUUGUUGCCAAACACUUGCCCUCAACGUCGAUAGCAGACUCGCAGUAUACUUCUCCAUGGGCAGGUGCUCACUUUAGACCGUUUCCAGCCAAGACACCAGAAGAAUAUAGGGACUCUAAGCUUACCAGAUCCACGUUUCAGGCUUUCAAAAAUUUCUCUGCCGAAUUCCCCGAAAGUUCCAUCCGGUUUAUGCCAGGAACCGAUUUUAUAGAACGCCACGAUCCGCUCUACGAAAAUGUCAGCGCAGGAUAUGCCGAAGGCAUCGAAAAUUUCAGAGUUCUCCCGAAGGCGGCCUUGCCUAAUGGAAUCAAGUUUGGUGCCACAUACGACGCGUGGUGCAUGAACUCUCCGGUGUACAUCCAAUUUCUUGAGCGUAGACUCGAGAUGUACUAUAAGGUGAAAAUCGUGCAAGAAAGCCUUGGUUCUUUGCAGCAGGUCGCGCAGUUGUUUCCAGGUGCCACCAUUGUGAACUGUUCCGGACGAGGUUUGGCUUAUUCUGGAGGCUACGAUCCAGCUACGUAUCCGAUCAGAGGGCAAACGUUGUUGGUGAAAAGCCCAAAGGACUGUCCUUACAACCGUGAAACGGUGACCUAUCAAUUGGAAGAUGGUUCUUUCUGCUUUGUCAUUCCUCGUCCAUUGGACGGGGGAGUGAUUUUGGGAGGCACAAAACAGGUCGGAGAUAUGUAUCCACAGGUUAGAGAUGCAGACACCCAAAAGCUAAUCGCUAAUGGUAAGAGAUGGUUUCCCGAGCUUUUGAUCGACGGUGAGUUCCAAAUCAAGCGUAUAAACGUUGGAUUCAGACCUGCCAGACAUGGAGGUGUGAGGAUCGAACGAGAAGUGGUUGACGGCACUGAAAUUGUCCACUGUUAUGGGUUUGGCGGCUCUGGCUAUGAGAUGAGCUGGGGUGCUGGCCAAAAAGUUGUAGAACUGGUCAAGUCAGUCAAAGGUAAGCUCUAG